AUGAGUAAGGUCAGCCGUGAAGCUCUCCUAGAAACCGUCACCGAGGUCCUCAAGGCCUCGCAAGAGAAGAAGAGGAAGUUCCGCGAGACGAUCGAGCUCCAGAUCGGCCUCAAGAACUACGACCCCCAAAAGGACAAGCGUUUCUCCGGUUCCAUCAGGCUGAAGUACGUUCCCCGCCCCCAGACCAAGAUCUGCGUGCUCGGAGACCAGCAGCAUUGCGAUGAGGCCAACGCCGCCGGAAUCCCGUGCAUGAACGCCGAUGAUCUGAAGAAGCUGAACAAGAACAAGAAGCUCAUCAAGAAGCUCGCCAAGGGAUACAGCGCUUUCCUCGCCUCGGAGUCGCUCAUCAAGCAGAUCCCCCGUAUCCUCGGACCCGGCUUGAACAAGGCCGGCAAAUUCCCCUCGGUCGUUUCCCACGGAGACUCGUUGACCGCCAAGGUUGAGGAAGUCAAGGCCACCAUCAAGUUCCAGAUGAAGAAGGUUCUCUGCCUCUCCGUCGCUGUCGGACACGUCGAGAUGAGCCCCGAAGAGCUCGUCAGCAACAUCUCUCUGUCCGUCAACUUCCUCGUUUCGCUCCUCAAGAAGAACUGGCAGAACGUGCGAUCCCUGACCGUCAAGUCUACCAUGGGACCACCCCAGCGCCUCUAU